AUAUCAAAAAUGUUGAUGUGAAGAUAAAGAACUCCAUAGGAGACCUCCCUGUGGAAAACUGUUUCUACUACCGGUCCCAUAAAGACUAUGGAGGUACUGGGAGGGGGAUCUUCCACACAUGACAAAGUGACCCCCACGUCAACUAGAGAGAAUAAAGACACUUUCUGAGCAAAAAAGGUAUAGGAUGACUGAAAGAGGCAUUCCAGGAUUUAUUACAAGUCACAGGAGUAGCAAUAUAGACAGCUUGGUUGUUCGAGUGAAAAAUGGGCUUAAGAGUUCAAAGUACAAACCUGUUGACUAUGUGCAGCUGCAAGCAAUUACAGAAGCCAAGAAGUUAGAAUCUGUUAACAUCCUCUUAAAGAUUAAAAAGACAGAACAUGCAGCGAAAAUUAACAAAGAACAAAUGCUGUUGAAACAGCAUAAACGAGUCUGGUGGACAGAGCACAAAAGACUGCACGAAAACAGGCAAAAAUUAGAAUCUGAAUUACAAACCUUUUAUGAUGAAGGAAGUGAAUGUUUUUUGGACCUGUGGGACUUGCGAUACAAAUUAUCAAGAGAUUUGGAUGAAUUUCAAGCUAAUACAGUGCAGCCUAUUUGGCAAUUAAGAGAAGAUUUAAGGUACAGACUGUUGGAAAUGCAGACAAACCGUGAAUGCCCAGAAUAUGAGUUCAGUCCAGAUGCAGUGGUAGAAGAGGUAGAAUUUGUGAAGAAACAACAGAAGGUAAUUUUGGAAAAGCUUCACUUUGAAAGAGUAGCUUUGGAGCAAGAACUUGAAGAAUUCACCCAUGAUGCAUUGAUAUGUUCCUCAAAAGACAGGACUGCACUCAUGCAUGAAAUACCACCACAGUUACUGGCUUUGGAGUGCCCCUAUCCUGAUCUGAAAGCAUCAGUGUUUGCAGAAUUUGAGAAACUUGCAGAUGGGUAUUGGCUGAAGGUCCAAGAGAUUGAUCAAGAACUAAAAGACAUAUCAAGCACUUUCCAAUGGAACAAAGAAGAUCUUUGGAUUUAUCAGGUUGUCAUUAAUCAGUAUCCAAAACCCAUGCAAGGCAGAAGAACCCUUUACUUGGAUAUGCUACAGAAACUUCUCCCUCACAAGUCUAGAGAAGAUCUUGUUGCUCAUGAAAGGGCUUGGGACCAUUAUCAUUUUACGAGGAAUCAAUGGAGAACAUUGAUGCUCAACUGGAUCGAGGCAAGAAAAGCUUUUUUACUGAAGGCAGUCAUGACUCUCGCUGAAGCCUGCACCUCUCAUGAGACAGAGAUCAUGUUGGCCAAUAAUAGAAGAAAACAACAGGAAAUAUGUGCAGAUCUUAGAGAAAAGGUCCUCCAGUGGCGCAUGCAGCAGGAAGAGGCUGCCCGCCUGGAAGCCACCAUUGCUGCCAGAAGAAAGGAAGAGCAAGAGGAGAAAGAGAAGUUGCAGAAAGAAAAGGAAUCACUUCAGAGAGCACAGGAUAAAGAAAAAGUGAAAAAGUACUGGGCUGAAAAGCAACGCAAGUGGCAAGAACAGGAAGCAAGAGAUUUGUUGCGUUUAAUGGAAUUUAAGAAGCUAAUGGCUGAACAAGUCAUCAAAGACAAAGAAAGGGUUCAGUUUAGACAAAGACUGUUAGAAAAGCGCUUAAUAGAGAAAAAGGAGGCAAUCCUGAAAGAAGCCCAUGAGGAAGAAGAAAGAAAAAGACGUCUUGAUGCUCUCAGGCAACAGGUUGCUAUUGUUGCAGAAUUUGAUCCUGCUCGAAUGAUGGCUGACACAGUGGCAUCCAAAGCUCGAAUGGGUAUUGGAACAGAAGAGGAGUUUUUCCUGCAGAAACCUCUGUUUGAAUUGCAUACAUUCAGUGCAGAACAGAUCAUUUCUGACACUCGGGUUCGUGUCGAGCUAGCUCUGCGAGAAGCUGGACUUCACAGAACACUUUACGCUCAAGAGCUUUUACCUAAAAUCCCUCCACCCAGACUUCCAAGAAGGGACAUGGACUCCACAGUAUUUAAAAUGUAGAAUCCAAGGAAACAAACAACCCCCCCCCAAAUAAACCCCACAAUAAACCAAA